AUGAUUUCGUCUUUCCCUAUCUGCCGUAAGCGUAAAUGCUGCGAUUCUCUCGUCUCUGACGAGCCCACCGUCAAACGUCGCCUGGUGCUAGUCACCUCGAUCAUUGGAUCUUCUACCCUGCUGCUCACUACUACUACCACCAUUCCAGCCAUUGCUUUUAUCCCAAUUAUGAAGCUGAUGCACCAAACAAUCACUGGCCAGAUUGCUCUCGAGCUUCUCAUGAAGCACGAGGAGCUGCGAAAGAUUGAGACAGAUACUAUGGCGUAUUGGCCGCUCUGGUCGACCGUCUGCAGAAUGACGCGGAGAAUAUCGUACCAGCCACCGAAGAAGUGGUGA